AUGGACAGCUCCUCGACGCCGCUCGCCGACUAUUUCUGGAUCGCUGGCGUAGAGUCUAUAUCCUACAAGGACUCUACCCCGCAGCCCCCCCCCUCCAACCUCGAGUCCACCAUCGCCGAGGACAGCGAAUAUGAGGAGAGCGAUGCCGACGUAAAUGCAACCCCGAGCAAGCGAGUGGCUCGUCAUUCGAGCGUCGGCCGUCAUUCCAGGCAGAACUCGGGCGGCCGCAUCUCCAACGGUCGGUUUUCCAUCCACACCUUGGACGAAGUCGACGGGAACACGCGAAGCAACCGGAGCAGCGCCACUAUUCGUCCCUCUCACUCAAGCCAGAUCAACGGCUCCUCCGGCGGUGGCUCCGGCGGUAAUGGUCUCAAUAUUUUCAAUGGCCUACCCAGCCUGAAUGGCAUGGACGCCGAAGGGCAGUUCAUCGAGGGGUUCGACUUUGACAAGGCCCUAUUCAAGUUUGCUGCCGAACGGGAAAACUUCCUCGAGGACCUGUCCUUCAGUGCUGGUGCCAGAACACAAGCCCGACCUCCCAUGGUCAACCCGAGAGCCGAGCGCAUCAAAGCCGACGAGGGCGACAUGAGCGGCCGGCGAAGCCCGUUACGCAGCAUCGAGAGAAGCAUCAAGGGCAGCAUUCGUCGCAAAAUGAGCUUCCGAGACAUGAAUAGCAUGCGCAAACAGCCCACCACUCCUCGAGCAAGCACGCCGGGAGCCGCUUCUGUUAGGACUGCUAAGCGCUUGAGCAACUACAACUCGGUCAUCCCUCCCCCAGAGCCCCUAAACACGGACCCAGACAUGCAUCCCCUCAAGAGACGUUUCGAGCCCGUGCUGUUGGACAGAUAUCCUGCCAAGGACGCAACAGACGAAAUCAGCCGUCGUGGCAAGUUUCCGGACUACGUACCCAUGUUUGCUUUCCCGAACGACAUCCAGAUCGUCUCCUCAGACGAGCGCCCUCGUUCCACGUGGCACGGUUUCACCAUGACCUCGGACGAUAAUUCCAAGAUCUACGGCAUCACCAUUAUAAUCUGGACUGCCCUGACGUCCGAGGUUGCGGAUGAGGUUGAACAGAAGUGUGAGCAGUGGCGGCAGGGCCACAUGUCCAAUGAGGAGCGGGAGCUGGCCGCCAGUCUAGGUGUGCGACUGGCAGCCGAGCGUGCUCACCUCUCUCAGCUCCUUGCAAAGCUCCCCACAAUCCCCUCGGGAUCCUCCGCUCGAGACACUCUCGACGAUCAGAUCAGCACCGUGGAGGAGAAGAUCAGUCUCAUGACAGAAAUGUUGAGACCGCUGCGGCAUGGUGCCGCAUCCAAGAUCGACGGCUUGACUGCCGGAGAGAGUGGGUUGUGGGCACCCAGGGCCUACGGUAUCUUGGGAAGAGACCCCACGAGAAUGACGUUCUGGAAAGAGUGGCUGCGAGCCGUUGUCGUGCCAAUGACCGAUGGCGCUGUGCUUCGAGUGCCCCCUAGCUCACCCAAGGUUGGCCGCUGGCAACCUCUCGAGCGGUAUGUCGUCAACCUCUGCACCGAGGCGUUUAGCCCGCUGGGCUCCAAAACACAGGUCGAGCUGGGCGUGAGGGAGCUGCGGCUGUACUGUCGAAAGGAGGCCAUCAACGAGAUCCCAGGAUCAAGGACCAUUGACAUCUACGCCUUGUUCAGGUGCCUGUCCAUUGAGAAUAUCGUUGCCCUGUUCGAGUAUGCCAUGUCGGAGUCUCGCAUCAUCUUCAUGUCCUCCCACACCGGCAUGCUCCAUCUGGCAUGCCAUGCACUGGCCAGCCUGUUGUAUCCCCUUAAGUGGGCGAGCAUCUUCAUCCCCGUGCUUCCCGCACGUCUCAUCUCCGCGUUGGAGGCGCCUUGCCCAUACAUCGUCGGUAUCGAGCGACGCUAUGAGAAGAUCGAGCUGCCGGACGACGAUUAUGUGUUGGUCGACCUGGACAUGGAUACGAUCGACGCUACUGCGCAACCUGUCCGCCUGCCGCGGCAGCACCGCCGCAAGCUCAUCUCCCUCUUGCACGUGGCUGCCCCGCAUCAUAUUCGGUAUGGAGUGACUACCGGUCCUCCGCCAUACGCGAUGGAGUCGUACCCAUAUGAUGCCUUUUCGGUCGAGAACGAUACGUUGUUCAACUCUAGUGUCACCUCUAGUUCCCUCGGCAAAUGGGUCACGCAGAACUCCUCAUCGUUUGGGGAGCCGGAUCCGCCGAACUCGGUGCGACCCCCGAUCUUCAAUGCCUUCCUGCAUUCAAAGGCAGGCGACCACAGCAAGUCGGACCGCCCCGGUACCAGCAAGUCCGGCAAAACGAGCCCGCAGUCGUCUGUUUCGCCGAUUUCCAUGAACUUCCCGCCAAUGCCGACUACGCCAGUAUCCCGAAGCGACUCUGGUUUCGCCCAAACACUGAGGGAGAAGAAAUCAGGUCACUUUGACGAAAAGUCUCGUCGCAGCUCAUCCUUCGGAAUGGAUAAGCACCCGCCGCUGCACCGGCCCAGCUUGCCUUUCCUGAACGGCCACAAUCCUAGCAUGUCGUUGUCCGCCGUGUCAGUCGACUCGCAGUCUUCGUACGGAGGCUACACGCCUGGCUAUGCCCCGUCGGCCUAUGCCCAGUCCACACUGGCAGCAUCGACCAUCAUGCCCAACAUGCUGGUCCAGCCCGUGCGAAAUACCGAUACCAUGGUUUGGGUUGAGGGCCACUGCUUCAAUUGGAUCCCUCACGAUAUGUCGUCCACCUGUUCGAUCUGCGACGAUAAAUCCGAGGGAGAUGGCAUAUACCAGUGCUCCCACUGCAAUGGCUAUGCUCACAACCGCUGCCUCGGACAAGUUUCUGUGGUAUGCAAGGAAGCGUUCCACUCGGAUCGUGUUCGGGCCUCCUUUGUCCGGUGUCUCGCCAGCUUGCUGUACACUUACAGGAAGCACCUCGGCCGUCCUACCCGGGAGCAAAAGAGCAAUGGUCAGCACUACUCCUUCGACAUGAAUGGUUACAUCAAGAGUCUACCGUAUGACCAACAGGAGUAUGCUACGAUGUUGAGAGAUACUCAAGCUUUCAACGAAUUCAUUCACGAGCGAGAGACUCAGUUGGCCACUGACUCUUCGAUUCGUCUUUUUGAUGAGAUCAUUAUGGCGAAGAAGGCUCGUGGCCGGCCGGGGCUCUCGACGGGAUUUUCGCGUCUGUCAACCAUCCGCAUGUCGCAUGGCGCAUCGAGCAACGCGUCGGGCUUUGCUGCGCCGUCAAAGCUCAAGAUACCCACUUACCUGGGCGACACCUCUGACCACAUGUGGCGGACGGCUUCGGUGCCUGUUCCCAGCGCCAAAUUUCCCGGCGAGUACCACACCGUGGUCACCCGGACUCCCACCAAGCUGGAUCCCAGUCUCAUGAGAGAGCCUCGGGCGAUCCAGGGCGUCCCUCGGGCAGAGCAACGGACACGAGGUCUCAUCCGGAAGCAAGUUCCCAGCAUGGUUGGCAGUCCACCCAAAUUUUGA